GUAACCGACAUUCAAACGGCUAAAAUGGUUAGGAUUUUCGAGAACUCAUUGCUGAAGCAUCAAACUCGUUACCAAUUGUUGGCCACGGUAAUUGUAAACAUCAUAACCUUUGCCCAUGGCGUUGGUGUGGGCUGGCUGUCACCCACACUUACCAAAAUCCAAACGACCGACUCUCCGCUAAAAUUUGAGGUAAGUCUCGCCGAAAUAUCCUGGCUGGGUUCGAUGCUGGGUCUGGGUAGCCUGUGUGGAAACCUAACAAUAGCCCUUUUAAUUGAAAGAGCUGGCAGGAAAUUCUGCAUAUAUCUGAUGGCAGGACCAUAUGCGUGUAUAUGGAUUUUGAUUUACUGUGCAUCCAAUGUGUACUUCCUAUAUGCAGCCAGGUUCCUCUGUGGCUUUACCGGAGGAGCGGGAUACGUGGUGGUUCCCAUUUUCAUCAGCGAAAUCGCCGACAGCAACAUCCGAGGUGCUCUGACUUCAAUGGUGAUGUUAUCCGUUGAUUUGGGUAUUCUGGCUGGCUAUAUUCUGAGCACUUAUCUGGCCUAUCACGUUGUACCCUUCUUAGCCAUUAUCUUGCCCGUGGCCUACUUUAUUGCCAAUAUAAUGUUACCCGAAACGGCUCCAUAUCUCCUUAGGAAAAGCCAGCUGACUGCAGCGGAGACCUCGUUUAGGUAUUAUAGAAACCAGCGGAGUGCAAUUAGUGAACAUGCAUCCAAGGCCGACUUUGAGGAACUCCGCACAGCAGUUCUUUCCCAGCAGACAAAGAAUGCAACCCCACUGAGCUACAAGGACCUCCUAACAAAGCCAGCUCUUAAAGGAUUCGCAGCCUCCACUGUCCUCAGUUUGGGCUACCAAUUCAGCGGUGUCUUCAGCUUCAUUAACUAUAUGUCCGACAUAUUCAAGGCCUCUGGCUCGAUUGUGGAUGUCAACACGGCCACCAUUAUCAUAGGAAUAGUCCAAAUAGUUGGGGUUUACACCUCGACCAUAUUGGUGGACAUUGUGGGAAGACGAGUUCUGAUGUUGAUCUCCACAAUGGGCGUGGGAGUCGGAUGCAUAGCCUUCGGUUGUUUCACCUUCUUUGCAGAGUCCUACGACCUCAGUGAUUUCAAUUGGCUGCCUUUGUUGCUGAUGAUUUUCAUUUGUUACGUGGCAAAUAUCGGACUGAUUGGGAUCUUUUUCCUUGUGCUGGUGGAACUGUUUCCAGUGAAGAUUCGCUCCCUCGCCACUUCGAUAUCUGUGAUAUUCUUGAGUCUCCUGGUCUUUGGCACUUUGAAGUUGUUUCCCCUAAUGCUGCACUAUUGGGGCAUAUCAUUCACCAUGUGGUUCUCGGCCGCCUCCGCUUUGCUCACUUUCUUCUACUUCUGGCUGUUUCUGCAAGAAACCAAAGGAAAGUCUAUGAUUGAAGAUUAACAAGCAGGAGAAAUUCAUUUUUGGCACAUAAAAGGUUACCUUUUUAAA